GGCGGCGGGGCGGCGGGAGGAGCGAAGCGGGGCUCCGCGGGCUGAAACCCGAAACCUCCGGUCCCCGAGCGCGGCGGGGAGGAAGGAAGCUGCUGCCGCGGCGGCGACGGAGGCGGGGAGGCGGCUCGGGCCGACCCGGCCAUGAGCUGCCGCGGCGGCGGCCUCUGGUGUCAUCACUUAUACCGUUAAGUAUAACAUGCUUGAAGUGAAGUGAAGUGAAGUGAAAUCACUCGGUCGUGUCCGACUCUUUGCGACCCCGUGGACCGUAGGCCACCAGGCUCCUCCAUCCAUGGGAUUUCCCAGUCGUCCAGCAUGCUCUGCCCACCCCCUGCUGAGGUGCACUGACCAUGAGCCUCAACUCCCUCGGCCACAGGAAGGAGCUGAGUAACCUCACCGAGGAGGCCGGUGACCAGGGGGGCGUCGUCAUCACAGAGUUCGUCGCCAUCGUCAUCAUCACCGUUUUCGUCUGCCUGGGCAACCUGGUCAUCGUGAUCACCUUGUACAGGAAGUCCUACCUGCUUACCCUCAGCAACAAGUUCGUCUUCAGCCUGACCCUGUCCAAUUUCCUGCUGUCUGUACUGGUGCUGCCUUUCGUGGUGACCAGCUCCAUUCGGAGGGAAUGGAUCUUCGGUGUGGUCUGGUGCAACUUCUCAGCCCUCCUCUACCUGCUCAUCAGCUCAGCCAGCAUGCUCACCCUUGGGAUCAUCGCUGUCGACCGCUACUACGCUGUCGUGUACCCCAUGGCGUACCCAAUGAAGAUCACAGGCAGCCGGGCUGUGAUGGUGCUUGCCUACAUCUGGCUUCACUCCCUCAUCGGCUGCCUGCCACCUCUGUUUGGCUGGCCAUCAGUGGAGUUUGACGAGUUCAAGUGGAUGUGUGUGGCCGCGUGGCACCGGGAGCCCGGCUAUACCGCGUUCUGGCAGAUCUGGUGUGCCCUGUUCCCCUUCCUGGUCAUGGUGGUGUGCUACGGCUUCAUCUUCCGAGUGGCCAGGGUCAAAGCACGCAAGGUGCAUUGCGGCGCUGUGGUCGUUGUGGAGGUGGACGUACAGAGGGCUGGGAGGAAGAGCUCCAGCACCUCUACCUCCUCCUCCGGCAGCAGGAAGAACGCCUUUCAGGGCGUGGUCUAUUCGGCUAACCAGUGCAAAGCCCUCGUCAGCAUCCUGGUGGUCAUUGGUGCCUUCAUGGUCACCUGGGGCCCCUACAUGGUCGUCAUCACCUCUGAGGCCCUCUGGGGGAAGAACUGUGUCUCCCCAACCCUGGAGACCUGGGCCACUUGGCUGUCCUUUACCAGCGCCAUCUGCCACCCUCUGAUCUAUGGACUCUGGAACAAGACGGUGCGCAAGGAACUCCUGGGCAUGUGCUUUGGGGAUCGGUAUUACCGGGAACCCUUUGUACAGCGGCAGAGGACGUCUAGGCUCUUCAGCAUUUCCAAUAGGAUCACAGACCUGGGCCUGUCUCCACACCUCACAGCCCUCAUGGCAGGCGAGCAGCCCCUGGGGAACAGCAGCAGCACCGGGGACACUGGCUUCAGCUGCUCUCAGGACUCAGGGACAGAUGUCAUGCUGCUUGAAGACUACACGUCAGAUGACAACCCUCUCUCGCAUGGCACGUGCCCACCCAAGAGGAGGAGCUCGGUGACAUUUGAAGAUGAAGUAGAACAAAUCAAAGAAGCUGCCAAGAACCCCAUUCUUCAUGUGAAAGCUGACGUGCACAAGUCGUUGGACAGUUACGCAACCAGCCUGGCCAAAGCCAUAGAGGCUGAAGCCAAAAUCAACUUAUUUGGGGAGGAGGCUUUGCCUGGGGUCUUGCUUACAGCUCGGACUGUCCCUGGAAUUGGCUUUGGGAGCCGCCGAGGCAGCAGAACUCUCGCAGGUCAGAGGCUGCAGCUUCAGAGCAUCGAAGAGGGGAAUGUUUUAGCCGCAGAGCAGAGAUGAGGGUGGACGCCCGUUACCAUCUGUGCCAGGGUCCCGGGAGCAACAUCUGAUACGCAGUCAUCUGAAAAAACACUGAAAACCAUGUCUGUAAGUGACUUCAGUGUCUGUGUGAGACCACACGCGGGCUUCUUGUUGAUCCCAGUGAUGGGACCAGAGGCAUUGAGAGCACAAAACAAAGCAGAUGGAGGUGUGGCUGAGACGUUGUGGGACAUGGGGUGUAGGGGGGGCUAGAGACCUCAGCUGGGCAGGAAGCCACCACGUGGGUCACUUCCUCUUCUUCACCACCUGUGCCCUUGGGAGUCCAGCCAAGCACUGUACUAGAGGCCUCGGGACACUCUGGAGGAUGGCACUUCCCCUGUGUGGUUGAUGCGGGCUGUGUGGGGCCAUUGGUUCUACCCUAAAUGGUCCCCAGAGGAGAGCCCAGGAGCAAAAUACCCCAGACCCAUGGUUACAGCCUUGCCGCCACUGGGGCCACCUGCUGAUUCUAGUAGGGACUGUUGCUGGCCCCUGGGCGGAGGCAGCAGGUCUGGGGCGGUGGUUGCUGAGGACAGGCCUCCCUAUGGACUGGUGCUUUAGUAUUGUAAAAGAAGAGAGAAACCACUGUAAACAACGGGAGCAAGGAACAGAUGCCAGAUGUUUCAUUUCUAGAAUUAAAAAGAAAAACAACCCGUUUGGUUAGGAAGCACCUUCAUCUUCCAGACCUGAACAGGGCCGUGGGCGAAGCACUGCCGCGAAGUAGUUACUGCUAUCGUUGGAGGGAAUCCCCUUCACACAGGAAGAUCCCAUGGAAUAGGUUCCGUAUGUGAUGCUUGAUGUACUGUUUAGAUUAGCAGGCCUCCAGGGAAAACUCCCAUGGUCAGCAGCUACUAUUUCCCUGCCCUGAAUGGCUCAAGACAAAGACUUGAAGGAACUCUGGACUUGGCCUCAGCAACUGUGUGCCGGCCCAGCUCUGCCUUAUACCACUCGGGUCACUGGGGCUCCCUGUCACCUCUCGGUCAUCCGGAAAUGAGAUAGGGAUGUGGA